UAUUCCCCACCCUCUUUAUUCCCUUCUGCAAGGGGGGGGGGAACCCCUCUCUCCCUCGCCCCCAAUCCCUGCGCGGAGGGCAGGCUUUUGCAGACGCGGAAGGAACUCCCCCUGCCAAGAAAGGUUUGCAUCGCUUGGGACUUUUUAAGUUCAGAGGAAAGGGUCUGGCGACCUUCAGGGAGGUGGCUGUGUGCUUCACGGUGGGGGAAUGGGCUAUGAUGGAUCCCAGCCAAAGAGCUCUGCAGAGGGAAGUCAUGGAGAGGAAUUAUGAGACGGUGGCCUCUCUAGAACCAAACUUCACUUCCUGUUGGGGAGGAGGAGAAUAUCCAUUUAUCCAGGAACCCAAAAACAGGGAGACACCAGCAGAAAUUUCCAAGCCGCACUUCAUCUCCUGGCUGCAAGGACGAGAUCCACUUGGACGGGGCUCUAAUGAAGGGGAGAGGUCUGCAGCAGAUGCCGGGCAGGCCAAUGAAAUUUACAGGGAACAACAGAUGGCAGCAACCAUCAAGUGCGAAGCGGAAAAAGAGAUGUGUGGGGAAAGUGAGGGGCCAAAAACGCCGGAACGAAACCUGACAAAGCACGGCAUGAAGAAACCCUCCACUUCUCAGGGUUUGCAUCAAAGAACGCACAGUGGGGAGAAAUCCUUUAAAUGCAUGCAAUGUGGGAAGGGGUUUAGAGUGAGCAGCAGCCUUGCUUUGCACGAAAGGACACACACCGGCAAGAAGCCCUUUAAAUGCAUGGAAUGCGGGAAGACCUUCAGUCAAAGCGGCAACCUUACUGCUCAUCGGAGAACUCACACAGGGGAGAAGCCGUUCAAGUGUAUGGAGUGCGGGAUGUGUUUUAGCCAGUGCGGCAACCUUGCCUCUCAUCAAAGAACUCACACGGGGGAGAAACCGUUUAAAUGCCUGGAGUGCGGGAAGAACUUCAGGCGGAGCCAUCACCUUACUAAACAUCGAAGAACCCACACAGGGGAGAAGCCCUUCAAGUGCAUGGAGUGUGGGAAGAGCUUCAGUGUGCGCAGCAGCCUUACAGUACAUCAAAGAACCCACACGGGAGAGAAACCAUUUAAAUGCAUGGAGAGCGAAAAAGCUUCAGCCAGAGUGGUGGCCUUGCUGGCCAUCUAAGAAUCCACACAGGGGAGAAAGCAUUUAAUUACGCUUAUUCUUAUCUUAUUAUUAUUACUACUGCCACUGUUGAUUUAUUAAUCGCUUUCUAAACCACCGUCUCAAGGCAAUUUACACAUAAGAUAAUGGCAAACAGUUAAAACCACCAAAAAAACAAAAACAAACCAAAUACAUUUAAAACAAGACUAAAACCUUUACCAACUGGACAGUCGUGGCAAGGACCCCAUUUAUCCAGCUGGCAAAAGCCUAUUGGAGCAAAAGUGUCUUCAGCUGUUUCCAGAAAGUGCAGACCAUGGGCGCCUGUCAUAUCUCAACAGGAAUGCUAUUCCACAGGACGGGGGCAGCCCACUAAAAGCCCAUCUCUUGAGUUAUUGCAGAGCAGGCUUCUGAGAUUUUUGGGACUCCACAGGAGAAACUCCUGCAGACCACAGCAAUCUGCGGGGUUUGUAAGGGAUAAGGCGGUCUCUUGAGUAACCUGGUCCCGAAUUGUAUAGGGUCUUAUAUGUUAGUACCAACAGCUUGAAGUUGGCUGCUUCCUCUGAACCAACCCCGAGAAUAGCUUCAGCUGCACCACCUCCCUUAAUGUACAUCAAAGAACUCGCAAAGGGGUGAAACCAUUUUUAAAUGUAUUUAGUGUGGGGGGAAAGCUUCAGCGUGAGUUGUACUGUAAACGACUGCCUUACAGUACAUCAAAGAAGGCACACGGGGCAGAAGCCAUUUUUAGUGCACGGAGUGUGGGAAAAAUCCUGGAGUUGCAACCUUCCUUCCCUUGAAAGAAUCCACCUCUGGAUUUCACGUCGGGAUUGAAAUUGCCUAGAAUAUGAAAAGAGCUUCACAUCAAAGAGCCCGCAAAGGACAAAUGAUGUAAAUGCCUGGAGCGUGGCAAAAAGCUCCUCUUGGACAUAACGGGGUUUCUUCUGCAAGACUGGGGGAGGGGCUUUGUUUCAUUUGCUUAUUCGUUAGAUUUCUUACUCACCUUUUACCAUAAGCUCCCAGGCAGGGUUACAGAAAAUAACAACAAAACAAUAAUUACAACAAUAAAACAGACCGUUAUAAAAUAAAAGUUUUCAACUAUCAAACAUGAAAAGUGUAAAAA